AUGCCUGAUCUAGAGGUAGAACAUAGUCAUGAAGACUGUCAUGGCCAUGAUCACAAUCACGACCAUAAAAAUGAACAUCAACAUCAUCAACAACAACAACACGCUCAUGUUUACGACAAGCUAGAUCUUGCCGAAUCUCUGCUGGCCGAGAUUGAAGACGGUCAGUACAUAUGUCUAGUGUGUGCCGAUGAGCUUGACGCCAAAUCGCCCAUUUGGAACUGCUCGGUAUGUUACCGUGUGUACCACCUUCCAUGCAUCAAGCAGUGGGCUGAAAAGUCGCUUGCGUUUCGUGCAGACUCGCCUGAUCCGACAGUAGAGUCUUGGAAAUGUCCAUCUUGCUCAACUACCUCCAGCAUGAUUCCACGCGAAUACCGAUGCUGGUGCAAAAAGGAACUGAACCCUACAUAUGAUGGAAUUGCACCACAUAGCUGUGGGCAAACCUGUGCUGCACCACUCUCGUGUAUUCAUAAAUGUAUGGCUAUUUGUCACCCGGGCCCACAUCCAGAAUGCACGGCUUUGGGCCCAAUGAUCAAGUGUUACUGUGCUAAAAAGUCAAAACAAUUGCCAUGUAUUCUUACCAGCUACAGCGGUUGGCAAUGCAACAAUAUUUGUGGAGAGCUGCUACCUUGUGGCAUGCACAAGUGCCAAAAAAAGUGUCAUCAAGGGCUCUGUGGCGAUUGUUCGGAAAAAAUCAAUGCCACUUGUUACUGUGGUGAAACAGUUUUACCGGUGACGUGCAACAAUUUGGAGCCAAAACAGAGCGUUGAGAUUGAUGCAGAAACCGGAAAGCAAUCUAAGUCUUGGAUUGGGUUUUUUGUAUGCGACAAAAUCCAGGAAGGCAAGUACGAAUGUAAUGUCCAUUCAUACAAGCUCGAGUGCAACAAGCGUACUGCAGAUACUUACAAGUGUCCACUGAGACCCGUUGAGGGCGAGACAUGCCCCUGUGGUAAAUCUCCAGUGACUGAUAUUCUUGGGCACCCGAGAUCCUCAUGCGAGGAAACAAUACCCACGUGUGGCCAGGUGUGCGACAAGAAACUUAAAUGUGGUCACACAUGCAAAUACCCAUGCCACGAGGGCGAGUGUCCUCGUUGUUAUUUUGUGACAGAUAUGCGGUGCCGAUGUGGCUACAAUCGGUUUUUGGUUCCAUGCGGGUUUGCAGUUACUGGCGAGAAGCCAAUUUGUGCUAGACGAUGUACAGGCAACUUGAACUGUCGUCGACACCGAUGCACAAAUGUGUGCUGCGAGUUUGAAAAGAAAGCUAUCAAGUAUGGCAAGAAUGCUGUUUGGGGCAAGGGUUACAGUGUAUAUGAUGAGACGAUUGAGCGGGAAUACAAGGAGAAGCAUGGGUGUACGCAAACAUGUAAUGCAAUGCUCAACUGUGGCAAACACCGAUGCAACAAGGAAUGUCAUGUAAGGCCGUGUGGGCCAUGUCUGGAAUCGUCGAGUGAAGACUGGGUUUGCCCCUGUGGGCGAACAAUAUUACGAGCUCCUGUGCGAUGCGGAACUAUGUUACCUACGUGUCCGUACGAGUGCACGCGUCCGACUCUGUGUGGGCAUCCGACGCCUAAACACCCGUGUCAUGGGGACGACAAGGAAUGUGACCGGUGUCUACGGCUUGUUAGCAAGCCAUGUGCGUGUGGCAAGAACCCUGAGGUGAAGAAUGUGCCGUGUUACCAAGAGUAUGCAUCAUGUGGGCAAUUGUGCGGCAAGCCCAUGGCGUGUGGACAUCCUUGUCCAAAGAUGUGUCAUCGGCCAGGGGAAUGCGAGACUAAGUGUUCGCGGUGCGCUGAGGUGCACAUUUUGGGGUGCAAAUGUGGAGAGAUUUCGAGGACAAUCCCCUGUAAAGCUACUGCGGCGGACCGUGAGAUGAAUUUAUUGAUUCCAUGCGAAGAGAGUUGUUUGGAAGCUGCGCGGCGACGGCAGCUUGCAGAAGCGUUUGGGAUGGAUCCUGCAAGGCAAGCACCUGGGGAGUUUGAAUAUUCGGACAAUGUGAUUGAUUUGUAUUUAGCCAACCCUGGGUGGUGCACGAGCACUGAGAAGAAGAUUCGGGACUUUGCAUUGUGUCAUGUGGGUAACGGUGAUAAUGGAACUAACAAGGUGCUAAGGUUCCCUCCGAUGAAGAAGUAUGAUCGGAUGUUUAUUCAUGAGCUUGCUACUGCAUAUAACAUUCGGUCUCAGUCGUAUGAUCCUGAGCCUCAGCGUAACGUUGUGUUGUUUGCCCCGCAGCGAAGUGGGCCUACCUCGGGUAGCAGCACACCUGGAGAGGCUGGGACGGUGACUGUGAAUGGUCCAGUGUAUAUUCCACGGUUGACUGUUGGUCGGUAUAUUACUGAGCAUGGGAUUGCAUAG